ACUCAAAAUAUAAAUAAUAAUAAGUUUUUUUUAUUGUUGUUUUUGUUGUGUUUUUCUGUACAAAACAUACAAAUUGUGGCCAAAAAUUUUGUUGUUGUCUAAACACUCCCGAAGAAUAAUAAUAAGAAGAAGUGAUGAUCUGUUUGAAUUCAGCCGUCAUUGCCGUCGUUACCACCGAUAGUACAGUAUCGACAACACCGUCAUCGGCUGCUGCUGUGGCCGCAGCCGCUGCCGAUACACUAUCGACAACAUCGUUGGCCAUCAAACAGCUACUUGAAAGUCCGAUAAUAAAUAAGUCGCAAACAAUGACAACGACAAUGUCGACCACUGCCGCAGCCGUCGGUCGGCCACCAAUGAUGGCCAGUUCGUCGACGUCGUCGUCGGUAUCGUCGCAAUCGUCGGCCGAAUCCGAUACAGAUUUGGACACAAAUCCCGAAUUGGACGAAGUAAUGGUUGCCGAAUCGUCGCCCGAAGCAACACCUGAACCGUCGCAAGAGUUUAUCGAUAUGGCCGUCGAAGAAGUGGCCGACAGUCAGAUGUCUGCCGUCGCCGACGACGAAUCAAUGGACACUAUGAUGUCGAGUACUAUGACAAACGGCGGCGGCAAUCGUCUCCGUAGACAAACAUCAAUGUGUGUGACCACCACUACAUCGUCGCCGCGAGCGAUGGCCAUAUUCAAGAAGGCUAUGAAGACUAGUAGUAGUAAUAAUAAUAAUACUAAUAAUAAUAGUAUUUGUGAUAGACUUGCGGUCAACAACAGCAACAGUAAUAGCAACGAUGAUUGGUUAGCAUCGUCUUCGUCGUCAUCGGCGACGCAAUCGUCACCAGUAAUGGCCAUUAAAAGUCUUAGCGAUAUUAAAGACGAUAAUAAAGACGUUUUGUUCAAUAGUCCGCCAAAUCAUAAGCGUAUACGUAAUUCGCCGUUUAGUCGGGGAUCGGCUUUUCUACGGGCGGCCAAACAACGAUUCGAAACCAACAGACAAGAAACGGAAAGAAGUCCACAGAUUUUGGCCGCCAAUUCUUCAUCUUCUUCGGCAUCGUUUGAUUCGAGUAGUUUGCGUCAAUUGACUAGUAUUUUGCGUAAACAUGCCCUACAAUCGUCGCCGACCAGUGAACCGAAAUCGAAAAAAAAGAAAGUAUUGUUUGCCGAACCAGUGGUCAGCUCUAAGCUAGAGUUUCGGCUGUCGCCGUCACCCAUUGGCGGCGGCGGACAUUCCUAUGGCGUUCAGCCGUUAACUGAUUUGAUUCAGUCAUCCGAUGACAUUAUAAACAAUAAUAAUAAGACUAAUAAUAAUAUUAAUAAUGAUAACAAAAUUGAUAGCAGUAUUAGUAGUAAUGAGAAUAAUAGUAAUAAUAAUGUCAACGAUAUUAUCAAUGGUAACGACAACAACGAUAAUGAUAAUGUUGUUGUUGUGCCGACAGAUAUUAACGAUAAACGACGCAACCAUUUGGUCCAUCAAAAUAGUACUUUCGAUAAUAAAGAGUUUAACUCAUCCAUUGACGACUCGUGCGACUCCCAGAGCAGUGAUACUGUAUUUUAUACUCAAAAAAUACCACAAUUUGCUGUUGUGGAUGACAUUACUGAUAACAACAAUACUACUACUACUACAACUACUAGCAGCAGCACCACCACCACCACUACCAACAACAAUAGCAACAUAACCACCGAUGACUAUCGGCACUCAAAGUCAAUGGAUGUCGACAACGAUGACAACAAUCACCACUACGACGACCAGCUUCUCACUCAAAAGUUUACAAACAAUUCAUAUGCAACGGCCUGUGCUAUCACAUCAUCGAACGACGAAUUGUCGUCAUCUUCACGACGACGUCAAGAGGACAUUGAAGAGGAGGAGGACGACGACAAUGACUGUCCAUCGGAGCCAUUGCCAUCGUUUGAAGAUAUUCCCUGUUCGCAGGAAAUGCCCGAAUCGUCGCACAUUUUGGAGACUAGAGAAACAGGUAUCCAAACAGUACCCAUGGAUGCCAUCGACGACAUUGAAUCGUACGACGAUCCAGUGGUCAACGUACCCAUGCGUCUCAGUCUAAUCAAAGAGCUAUACAAUAUGUUUGGCACUAUUAUUGACCAAUACUUGUCAUCAUCAUCAUCAUCAUCAGCAUCGUUAUCAUCGCAACAAUCAUAACAAACUCACACACUGUUACACACACACACACACACACCAAUCUAGAGGUGAUAUGAGUUGUAGUAGUGUUGUUGUUGUAGUAGCUGUAGUAGUAGUAGUACCGUAGUUGUUGUAAUUUUUUUUAUUUAGUAUUUAACAUAAUUACCGUAAUAGU